AUGGUACCGUCAAAUCCCCCCGCCGCCGUUCAGGCCUCCAUCCACCGAACUCCCCAAAGCCCCAUCACCAUACACGCCUGGCUGGCGAUUUCCAGCCCAAUCACACACGCCUACAGCUCCGACUCCAGUCGCGCUAGACUAGUGGCCAAGAUCUACGACCCACUUUACUUCGAGGACGAUGAGGGAUAUCUCGACCCGUUCCGCUGCAUGGACAAGUACUACACCCACGAGGCCAAUGCAUACCCAGCGCUGCGCGAGUUUCAGGGCCGCGAGAUCCCAAUGCACCAUGGCUCCUACACUUUGAACCACCCGGUGGAUGGAGACCGCACGCGGGCCGUGCGGAUGAUUCUGAUUGAGCAUAUCCCAGGCGCGAUUGUCGACCUGGAAAACCGGAUCUACGAGCAGAACAUUUUGCUCAUCGAUCUCGAGCCACGCAAUUCCAUUCUCCGGUCGCCAUCGGCUAGUGACGAUAAUGACGACCAGGGGCCUCGCGUGGUGUUUGUCGACCUGGCCCAUGCGCUUUUCAACCGGAGGCGAGAUGACCCCGCGGCGUUGACGCUGAACUAUUUCCUCGGAGAAUACAUCUCGCCUCUGCUGCGGUGGAACGAAGCCAGAUACAAGGCUUCUCCCUUUGAAGACUGGAUGGACUGUGAUUGGAAUCCCUGGCUUACGGUGGAAUUUACCCACACCGUGCCCAGCAUCACGCCGGAGAUGCGGGAGCAAUGGGCGGAUCUCUAA